CUCUAAGUCGCCCACUAAUCUCACAAUGAGGCCCACCGCUGCACGAUUCAGUGACAUGCCCGGACCCAAGGUCUACAACUUGUGGUGGGGUGACAAGACCGGCACUCUCAGGCAAAAGGGCAUUACCACCUACACCAUCUCGCCAUACCAGACCAAGACCGCUCCCCACUGGGCACGAAACUACCUCUUCAACUUCUACCGACGAAUUGGAGGAGAGCUCUUGUUCUUUGGCAUUCCUUUCGCUCUUGGCUACGCCACCUACGCAUGGGCAAAGAAGCACGACGCGUACAUGAACAGCAAAGCUGGCCACAUCGCCCACGGUUCUCACGAAGAGUAAACAGUUUGCUCUGGAGCCAUAGAUUCAACCCUACCCGUGCUAUAGAGAUUAAGGCGAAUUUCAUUUCAUUUUUUGGAUUC